UUCACAGUACGAAUCCGGUCGGGUACGGAAGGUGUUCGGAAAAUAUUUCGUUUUCGUUCUAUUAACAUUUUGAACUGUUAAAAAUGGGAAGCUGGACAAAAGAGAAAAUAAAAAGUGCGUUGCGGCAAAAUCUGUUGAUCAUACUGACCAUAAGUGGGGUUGUCAUUGGAAUAGUUUUGGGUGUAGGGCUGCGAAACCUUGAAGAUGGAACCUGGACUCAGCGAAACGUGAUGUAUGUGAACAUGGUGGGAGAUCUUUUUUUGAGGGCUAUCAAGGGCAUAAUUCUUCCAUUGAUCAUUACUUCUCUUAUUUCGGCUGUUGGGUCGCUCGAUCAAGGAUUAACGAAGAAGAUAGGUGGAAUCGCCAUCCUCUAUUACAUGACCACAACUAUUCUGGCCGUGAUCGAGGGAGUAAUUUUGGUGACAACAAUCGAGCCGGGAAAACGAUCAAGUGAUUCGAAUGUAGGGGGCAAUGCUCAGAAAACCAACGUUACAACGGUGGAUACGUUUUUGGAUUUGGUGCGUAACAUUUUUCCUCCAAAUGUAGUGCAAGCAUGUUUGCAGCAGUAUCAAACGGUUUUGACGCCACCGAAGAACAAUCCAGAGGAAACCGACCUGGAAAAGUGGGCCAUAUCUGGGCAUUUUGUGGAUGGCACCAAUUUGAUUGGAAUUGUUAUGUUUGCCAUCGUGAUGGGUGUGGCGUUGAGUGCGGUGAAAAAUGAGGCACAGGAAUUGCUGAAGUUUGUUCAACAAUCGGCGUUCGUCGUUAUGAGGGUUACAACAUGGAUUAUUUGGUUGUCCCCCAUCGGUGUGCUGUCACUCAUCCUGGCCAAGUUCCUGGAAAUGGAGGACCUGGGCGAGGUGUUUGCCAAGCUGGGCAUGUACUUUGCGGUGGUCGUCUGUGGCAUAAUAUUUCACGGGGCGUUCGUACUGCCGUUGAUAUAUUUCCUGCUGACGCGCAAAAACCCGUACAAAUUUAUUGCCAACAUGGCCCAGGCGAUUGCCACGGCCUUCGGAACGUCCUCCAGUUCGGCCACGCUGCCGGUUACGCUCCAAUGUCUGGAGGAGAAAAACAAGAUCGAUCCACGCAUAACUCGGUUUGUGGUACCAAUUGGAGCUACCAUAAAUAUGGAUGGAACCGCGUUGUAUGAGGCAGUUGCAGCAAUUUUCAUAGCCCAGCUGCGAGGAGUGGAUAUGACAUUCGGAAAAGUUAUUUCGGUGGCUAUAGCAGCUACUGCUGCCAGCAUAGGAACGGCUGCGGUUCCUCAGGGAGGUUUGGUGACUUUGGUCAUGGUCCUUGAUACGAUUGGACUUCCAAGUGAAGAUGUUUCAUUGAUCAUUGCCGUUGAUUGGCUUGUAAAUCGUGUCCGGGCUGUUGUCAAUGUCCUAGGCGAUUGUUUUGGAGCUGGUAUUGUAGAUCACUUCAGCAGAAAGAACUUGGAAGAAAAUGAGCCGGAAGCAGUCGAAAAUGCCAAGCAAGAUAACAAAGAUACACGAAUGACUAUGGAUUGAUACACUACCUAUUUUAUACAUA